UUGUGCGGUCGAAGUCACUCCAACGAUGCGAAAGAAUCCCUCCGCCCGGCAACUUGGAGCAAUUUCUCGCGCCGGCCACGGCUGUCGUCCAGGCCGGUCGCGGCUGUGGCGGGUGGCGGCUGCCUCUCUCCCUCACCCUAAAAUUCGUCUGCGCACUCCCGUACACAAUCACAGACUUCUAGCGCUUCGCGUGUGCGGUGUCUCAGAGCUUCUGUCAUCCCGAAUUUCAGAAGUUGAGGUUCUCCGGUGCCUUGUCAUCCGACUGGGAACCUUCCGUUUCGGGAGCGCUCCUUCUUCAUUAUACCAAGCGCAGAAGAAGAUGUCGGACUCUUUCAGAAGUUUCCUCAGUUCUCUGCAAUUGGGUUCGCGUUCGCCGAAAGAACAAGCUGACCGGUAUCGAGAAGUCCUCGAUAGUAUUCUGGCUAUUCCAGAUGAGACCGAGAGAUGCGAGCGGCUCAAAGUUUUCGUUGAGUCCGUUGUCAACGAGAAUGUGUCCCUUGUCAUCUCCCGUCAGCUCCUGAGCGACGUUGCAAGUCAUGUCCAGCAGAUGGGACAUGGUCAGAAAUCGAAAGAUUUCUGUCUAUUUACCUUGGACAAAUUGCAAACGAGGAUAAUCUCUUUCCAGGAGCAGGACAUUGCCGUCAGACAUCAUCUGGCUGAUAUAUACGAGCAUGAGAGUCAAUGGCAAGAAGCUGCAUCCGUUUUGAGUGAGAUCCCUCUCGACAACGGUCAGAGACAGUAUGCUAAGGAUUACAAAGUCACAACUUACCUGAGAAUUUCUCGGCUAUAUCUGGAAUGCGGCGAGGUCUCAAAGGCUGAAACUUUUCUGAACCGAGCGUCGCUGCUCCAUCCUGAGAGUAACGAUGACAACAUGGUAUUGUACAAGAUCUGCCAUGCAAGAAUCCUGGACUACAAAAGGAAAUUCAUGGAAGCCGCGCAGAAGUACAGUGAAAUCUCCUACUGUCCACUGGUCUCGCAGAAGGAGCAAAUGUCCGCUUUGAAAAACGCUCUCAUUUGCACGACGCUGGCCUCGGCGGGGCAGAUACGUUCGCGGAUGCUCGCAUCGCUAUUCAAGGAUGAACGUUCGCAGAAAUUACCGAGUUUCAAUAUUUUGGAGAAAAUGUACCUCGAUCGAAUAAUCAGACGGAGUGAGCUCGAUGAGUUCGCGCAGCUCCUUCAGCCCCAUCAGAAAGGGAUCAAAGAUGGGGGUGCCCCUUUCCUCGAGAGCGCUAUUGUCGAACACAAUCUCUUGUCGGCUUCGAAGCUCUACAAUAACAUCACCUUCCUCGAGCUCGGGGCCCUACUCGAAAUCGAUCCCGAAAACGCAGAGAAAUGCGCGAGUCAAAUGAUCACCGAGGGAAGAUUGCGAGGCUUCAUCGAUCAGAUAGAUGGCAUGGUGCAGUUCGAAGAUUCGGCGCCGCUGCCCCAAUGGAACUCGAGGAUCGGCCAGCUGUGCAGCCAAGUGAACACAGUUUUGGAAAAUAUCGCGACGGUUCACCCAGAAUGGUUAGCCCAUGUCAAUUCCGAAAAAGAGGAACCGAUGGUCUCUUAAUGCUCAGUUUGAAUCAGGCGCGCCCUGGUCCGGCUGCGGAAGUUGAUCUAUUCAGGUAUCUGAUGACUGUUAAUAUCGGAUGGAACGAAUACAGGAUGCAGCAGAGUAGGGAACAGCAGUUCCU